AUGGCUCCUAGGAAAUGCCCAGAAACCCAGAAGACCCCAGAAGUUGCUAUGUGCCUCAGGGGCAAGAGGAGCAGAAGCCCUCAGGAGCUGGAGCAAGAGGCCAAGCUCUUUGUAAAGAGCCCCGGUUCUAAUAGAAGAGCUGACGCAGGCUGCCUUUGGACAGGAUCAGCCAACCCAGCAUCAAACAGCAGUGUUGUCAGAGCCCUUCACCAGCAGAAGCUAGGCAAAGCUGUUUGCCCAACGCUGCAACAGACUCUCCAGCAUUCCUUUCUACACUCUCUGGCUUCUUACCGGAUCUUCCAAAAGGCCGUCCCCUUUGACAGGAGGGCCACGUCGCUGGCAUGGCAUCCAACUCACCCCAGCAUACUGGCUGUGGGCUCCAAAGGAGGUGAUAUCUUGCUCUGGAACUUAAACACAACGGACAAACCCACCUUCAUUAAAGGGAUUGGCGCUGGAGGCAGCAUCACAGGGCUGAAGUUUAACCCUCUCAAUACCAACCAGUUUUUUACCUCCUCCCUGGAGGGGACAACUAGGCUGCAAGACUUUACAGGCAACACUCUCCGGGUUUUUUGCAGCUCAGGCACCUGCAACUUCUGGUUCUGCUGUCUGGAUGUGUCUGCUAGGAGCCGAGUACUGGUCACAGGAGACAAUGCGGGGAAAGUGAUCCUGCUGAACAUGGACGGCAAGGAGCUGUGGAAUCUCAGACUGCACAAAAAGAAAGUGGCCCAUGUGGCCCUGAACCCAUGCUGUGAUUGGCUCCUGGCCACAGCCUCCGUAGAUCAAACAGUGAAAAUCUGGGAUCUGCGCCAGGUUAGAGGGAAAUCCAGCUUCCUGUCCUCGCUGACGCACAGGCAUCCUGUCAAUGCAGCUUGCUUCAGCUCUGAUGGAGCCCGGCUCCUGACCACUGACCAGAACAACGAGAUCCGGGUUUACGCCACCUCCCAGUGGGACUGCCCUCUGGGGCUGAUCCCGCACCCUCACCGCCACUUCCAGCACCUCACACCCAUCAAGGCAACCUGGCAUCCUCGAUAUAACCUCAUUGUUGUGGGUCGGUACCCAGAUCCAAAUUUCAAAAGCUGUACUCCCCAUGAAUUAAGGACGAUCGAUGUGUUUGAUGGAAACUCAGGGAAGAUGAUGUGUCAACUCUAUGACCCAAAAUAUUCUGGUAUUUUUUCGCUCAAUGAGUUCAACCCCAUGGGCGACACACUGGCCUCUGUGAUGGGUUACCACAUUCUUAUUUGGACCCAGGAGGAAGCUGGGAUACAGAAGCAAAAGACAUCAGUGUGUGCCAACCAAGGGCUUGGAGACACAAAUAAGAAUGUGCCCUGUUGA